AGACUGUUUUCUUCUUGUCUUAAUCUCGGUAGUAUCACACUGUCGAAUUUUGUUUACUAGUUUAUCCUCUACUCUCUACAAAUCCUUUUCCACAGUACUAAGCUUAGGCAGUUAUCCCAAAUUUUGUAUUUGUAUGUCUGAUUUCUCCUUGCUAAGUAAAGCAUUAUUUUCAUUAUCAAAUUUCAACUGUACCGAUGCUAUACGGAUGCGGUACAGACGCGUUACGGAUGCGGUACAGACGCGGAACAGAUGCGGUACCGGCGCGGUACGCGCUGCUGCGCGCCCUCCAGCAGCCGCGGCCGCGCAGCCGCCCCGCCGGCCUCUCCCUGCGGCCGCUGCCUGCGCUCCAGCCGCCCGGAGCGCUGGCGGCCCAACGGCGGCGGGGCCGGGCAUGGAGCGGCUGCGGGCGGAUGCGGCGGCCCUGGACGAGUACGCGGAGUACCGGCGAAUUGUAGGUGAUGAUGAUGGAGGAAAGCUCUUUACCCCUGAGGAAUAUGAGGAGUACAAAAGAAAAGUAUUACCAAUUCGGUUACAGAACAGGUUGUAUGUGAGCUGGAGAUCACCAAGUGGCAUGGACUGCAAGCUUGUGGGACCAGAGACGCUGUGCUUUUGUACUCACCGGUAUAGACAACACAAAACGGACUAUGAAGUGAUUCCUGAAGACCGUCCCAUUUGUGUGCCGUGCAGAGUGAGCCGUUGUCCCUGCCAGUCCUACCACUAUGUCCCUCUCAAUGGCACGCAGCCCAUCCGCUGUAGGUGCAAACACUUCGCAGACCAGCACAGCGCAGCACCUGGAUUUUCGUGUAACUCCUGUUCCAAGUGCUCGGGCUUUCAUAGUUGCUUUACCUGUGCCUGUGGUCAGCCAACGUACGCUCAUGAAACAGUGGUGGAAACCAAACAAGAGCGCUUAGCACAGGGGAAGCCGGUGGGGCAGGACGUUCCUUAUGCUGCCAUGGGGGGGCUGACGGGGUUCAGUUCGCUGGCAGAAGGCUACAUGAGGCUUGAUGACAGUGGAAUAGGGGCUCCUUCUGCUGAACUUUUAGAAUCCCCUAUUACCAGCAUGGAUCAUCCAUUUCUAAAAGCAUUUCAGGGACCUUCUAGUUCUGCUCAAACUGUCUCACAGAUAGCAGGGAGCUCUAGUGCCACAGGACAAGUUUCUCAUGGAAAGCAUUCAGAAGAUGAUGACAUGGCUUACUUUGAAAAACGUUAUCAAGAACGGCUGCAAAAGGAGAAGGCUGCUAAACGGAAAGAGAAAAGUCCAGUGCCGUCAAAGAAGCCAUGAGAUUAAUAAAUAUUUAUUACAUGGCACAACGUUAAGUGUUGUAUUUAAGAGUAUUUUUUGCUGUGCCUACCUGCAUACUUGUAUUUCUUAACUUAUUUAUUCUACUGUUUCAGUCUAUUGCUGAAAUUAAUUUUUAAUUAUCUUCUUGUAAUAAAAUUGGUGCUUUAAUCAA